AUGACAAAUUCAACUCGUUUAAACAACACCGUUAGUAUUCCAGAUCCUAAGGCCCUCUAUCCUCUCAACAGUUGGUUUACAACAUGCGAAAUCGACAACGAACAACCCCCGGGUACCUCUGUUGGGACAACGCUCGCAGUUGGCCCGAAUGAUAACGACGGUGGCUCUUACCAAUUCCAUGGACACGUUAGCAGUUAUGUUGAGCUUCCAAACAAUGUUGGGUUGGAUGUUCAACAUUCCAUCACAAUCUUAUGUUGGUUGUAUCUUGAAAGUGUAGAAGAUGCACCAAUCUUCAGCUAUGGAACACGUGAUCCGGUGUGGGGCGUUCAUUUUUGGAUAUCAUUUCAAGGAAACCUUUAUGCUGGUUAUGUGCACCGUAAUUACUCUCAGUUACCAUAUUUGGCAACUGAUCAGCCCCUGGCGCUAAACAAAUGGUAUUAUGUUGGCACUUCUUAUGAUCACGAUACUGGUAUUGCAAGCAUUUGGCUAAAUGGUGAAAGAGUUGUGCAGCAGAGUAUCGGAGCUGGCAUAACUCUUGCUACUCAAGAUAACGUCAGAAUAGGUGUAAAGGACUACGAUCCACGGUAUUUGUUGGGCAGAAUUGCGGCCAUUCAAGUUUUCGACGUUGCGUUGACCGCAAGGCAAAUACUUGAAGUGAAAAAGAAUGGUCUAGAUGUCGACGAAUGUCAAAAUCACACCCACAACUGUCACGUCAACGCCCAGUGUAACAACACCGUUGGUUCAUUCAACUGUACUUGUCUUCAAGGAUAUUCAGGAGACGGUGUAAAUUGUUCGGAUGUCGACGAAUGUCAAAAUCACACCCACAACUGUCACGUCAACGCCCAGUGUAACAAUACUAUGGGCUCAUUCAACUGUACUUGUCUUCAAGGAUAUUCAGGAGAUGGUGUGAACUGUUCGGACAUAAACGAAUGUCAAGAUCAGGAACCAAGGUGCCACGUGAACGCUCGGUGUAAAAACACCGCUGGUUCAUUCUACUGUACUUGUCGUCAAGGAUACUCAGGAGAUGGUGCAAAUUGUCUGGAUGUGGAUGAAUGUCAAGAUAACAACCACAACUGUCAUGUCAAAGCCCAGUGUAACAACACGAAAGGUUCAUUCAACUGUACUUGUCUUCAAGGAUAUUCAGGAGAUGGUGUGAACUGUUCGGAUAUCGAUGAAUGUACAGCAGCAACUCACAACUGCCAUGGAGUGGCUAACUGUUACAACAAUGAAGGUUCUUUUAUCUGCCAGUGUCGGGAUAGUUACACUGGUGAUGGAAUAUUAAACUGUGACCCUAUUGGAGACUUCUCAGUAACCAUUAAAAACAUCUCAAAGGACAAGUACCAUGCAAGUGUUGUUGAGCGGUCUGUGAAAAGUGUCCAAGAAGCGAUAAUCCAAGGUCUACAAAGUGAUGUUGCUGUGUUGUCAAGCAACUUGGAAUGGCGCAUCAUUAGUGAAACAGAACUCACAGCAUCAGAGUCAACAGAGGGAGAACUAGUAAGCCAAGGGACAACUGAGUGGACCAUAAACAGGAGAUCCAUUCCUGCUGGCAUCUAUCAAGUCAAGUUUAAUGCUUUAUUUACAGUCGGUGAUCCGGAGUUCCCACAGACUCUUAGUGCCUUUGACUUUGGCUUUAUUGAGGUCAUUGCAGCCCCAGUGCGAGCCAUUAUUGACGGAGGAAGUAGUGUUCGCUGGGGUUCUGUGGAAAUUGUUACCGUGAAUGGUUCGUUCAGUUAUGAUGGAGACAUUGGCCCUGGAAAUCACUGUGGCUUAAAUUUCGCCUGGUCAUGCCUUCAUUCGGAAGACAAUGCUUCUUUGAGUAAUGAUUGUUUCGGUGCUUUUGGACACGUAAACGCGUCCACUGUUAUUAGCAUCGAUCCUGGCCAGCUUGAAGUUGGAAAAACAUAUAUUUUAAGGCUAACUGUUUCAAAAGAUGACAGAAGCUCCACUGCCGAGAUGUCUUUUGAUAUAGCAGAGGGAGAGGUACCCCAAGCGACUCUAAGAUGCUUUGUAGACUGUGGCGCAGUAGUAUCGGCUUCGAACAAGCUCCGAGUGACUUCAGAAUGCCUUAAUUCCCCUUGCAAUGGCUCAGUUUAUCAAUGGCGAUUAAAAAGAUUGAAUGACAAUUCCGCCACGUGGGAAGAUGUACCUAUUCUACCUAACAUGACUUCAACUGCUGUGAAUGCGACCAAUAUGAUUAUCGAGAAGAACUCAUUGCAGUCUAAAACGAAAUACAGCUUAUUGCUCUAUGUAAUAUCUCUAGAAGGAACAGAAGGUUUUUCCGUGCUCGAGUUUGAGACAGCUGGAGCACCGCACAGCGGGUACUGCACACCAUCAGUUCAUGAAGGCGUGUCUCUUCAAACAGUGUUUACUUUCAAGUGUUUCGAUUGGCAAGAUACAAGCUCACCACUAAAUUAUGAAUUUCAACUUGGAGAGGAGCCAAUAUCUUACGGAAGCUCUCCCAAAUCUGCACCUACAGUUUUACCAGCGGGAUCUCAACAAGAUGAUUACCAGUUGCAAAUUAACAUUGUUGUCAAGAAUGCUGUUGGUGUUGCGGUUGUAGUGAGUCUUCUUGUUAAGGUGAAGCCAUCUUCCGCCCUGGAUCCUUGUCUUUUACCGAUAGAUAAAGUUGCCACCAAGUUAAAAAGCUACUUGCUCGGGGAUGGCAAUAAGCUGGACGAGUUCCUUAACAAAGGUGAACUCAGCCAGGCUGUCCAGCUUUCCCGAUCUGUCCUCAAGUCUGUCAACGAGAAAAAUGAUUGUGGACAAACACAUAAUUCAAAUUUGCAAAGACUGAUUUCAAGAACAUUAAUUGAAAAGUUUACAGCUAUAUCGCCUGAGAACCUGGAUAUGUCUCGCUUGAUUAUGUCCGUAGUGAACUUGGCGAUGAGUAGCGAACAACGUCAAGCGAGUGGCAGUGGCAGCAACAGUAACAGUAAUAGUAUAGAAUUAACAAUGCAAAUGACAGAUAAGGCAGCAAAUUUGCUAUCUGAUGCUCUUUAUGAUUUAGAAGAGCCAUUUUCUCCUGUACUGGAGAAAACAGCUAAGAGUGUUACAGAAUGCCUCACGAACGUUCUUCAGUCGGCAGCAGGUACAGAUCAAGAAAACACAGCUGAAGAUGAGAACCAAUCAUCACAGUUCGUGAAAGAAGCUUUGGAAAAAUUGAACGGCAUGAGCGAGGCAUUCUUUACCCGCUUAGUUCCUUCCGAAGAUUUAGUCAUUACAACAAAUAAUUUGGCAAUAUCGUUAAAGAAGGUCUCCACUCACGAUGUGAAGGGACUCAGUAUGGAAAACGGAGCAACAAAAUUUAAGCUACCUGCUAACGUAGGAGAUAUGGGUGGUGGAAAUAUCAAUGUAAAGAUGCAAGCUGUUGACUUCAAUCCUUUCACUUGGGACAACAGCAGCAAGAAGAUCAAAUCAAGUGUGACCAGUCUGGAUCUUCAAAGCGCUAAUGGAGAAAAGAUCAAUGUGUCAAACCUUGAAAAUUACAUUGAGAUAGUUAUUCCGAUUUCGAGUUCACCGCCAAACACCAGCGUCGGAACUGAUCAUUAUUUCCUAAAGCCAAACAAAUUGUCUUUCCAUAGUUAUUACGCGGAAAUAGCAGAUGUCCCCGUUUCUAUCAAAAUUGGAGCGGAAAAACAAGGGAUAGUUAUUGAAAUAUUUUUGAAAUUUGGAGCAAGACCUACGAUUGAGUACUCUGAUCACAACUUUACUGUUACAUCAACAUGUAAAAACCAAACAGAUGACAAACAAAACGAAACAUCCUGCCUUCUAGAAGAGAGUUCUUUAACAGUGGUGCCCUCGGAACCAAGUCGUCUUUAUAUCGGUCUGUUGUUCCUGGGAGCUAAAAGUGUCAACGAACAUUCCAGAAGACGAAGAUCAGCGUGUCUUGGUCAUGGUCGUGAAAGACGGUCGUGUGUUGAUUUCAAAGAUCCGCCACCCAAAGGAGUUACUGAAACAGUUAUUCCCCAGUAUGAUCCCUCAACAGAUGUCAACUACACCAUAAGUAUUAGCCAGUCAAGUUGUUUGUAUUGGUCUGAAGAAAAAGAGAAGUGGACCUCAGACGGCUGCAAGGUUGACCCUAGCUCAAACACCUCCCAUCUCAAAUGUCUGUGCAACCAUUUGACUUCAUUUGGCGGAAACUUCAUUCAAGCAUCAAAUCCCAUUGAUUUUGACAAGGUUUUCACUGAGUUUACGCGGCUUGGUGAAACAGGCAAUAUUUCGGUACUUGUAACAAUUGCAUGUACUUUUCUACUGUACUUCAUUGUGCUAAUCUUCGCGAAGAGGGCAGACAGGAGAGACGAAAAUAAGAUUUGCCCUCCCAGACAUGUAUCCAUCACUGAAGAAGGAAACUACUUUUACGACAUGGUUAUUAGCACUGGAGUGUGGAAACAUUCCGGAACAACAGCCAAUGUAACAAUGAACAUUAAAGGUGAAAUAGAUGAACACUCCCUUAUACCACUACGAAGUAAAGGAGAGGCAAGUGAAAUAUUUGCACGGGGAAGUAUUAAUGGCUUUGUUUUAACCGUAAGGGAAUCCUUUGGAACUUUAAAAGAAAUAACUUUGGAACACGACAAUUCAGGAGAUAAUCCAUCUUGGUUUGUAGAAACAGUAGUAAUCAGAGACAGGCAGACUGAAGAACAGUGGGCGUUUCCGAUAAACAGAUGGCUUGCGCUGGAAAAAGACGAUGGACAGGUAGAAGUUACUGUAGAUAGCCAAAGUCCUACUUCUUUUUCAGCUCAGGUGCGUUCGCGAUUUGGAAGAAAGAUUGCCGACGGUCACCUGUGGAUGUCAGUGUUUGGUAAAGCAUGUAGCAGUACUUUCACCCGUGUACAAAGAGCCUCGUGUUGUCUUUCGGUGCUGUUCAGCGCCAUGAUUGCUAAUGCUAUGUUUUAUAACAUUGAUGGAGAGUCAGAUGGAGCUAUACAGAUUGGUCCAUUUAAGUUUUCUUGGAGGCAGGUUGUCGUGGGAGUACAAAGUGGACUGAUAGUCGCACCUGUUAACAUCCUGAUUGUCCUCCUAUUUAAGUCUAGUAAACCAGGAAGUAAAAAGGGAGACAAAUAUAAAGACAUUGACCAGGCCCAACGACUCGUGGAUGAAGUAAGUGACACUGGCUGCAUGUUGCCUCAUUUCUGCGUGUACAUAGGUUGGUUUCUCUGCUUUGUUACAACUCUUACAGCUGCAACGUUCACGUUAUUCUACAGCUUAGUGUGGGGUAAAGAAAUUGCUGAGCAAUGGCUUGCUUCAAUUUUUAUUUCGAAUGGACAAGAUAUUUUUGUUGUACAACCAACAAAGGUAUUGCUGGCAGUCAUUGUAAUUUCUUUGCCCUUGAGUAGAAAAAACAAGGACAGUAAAGGAGAUUCCAAGGAAGACGGCGAACAAGGUGAUUCACAUGAACAUGAAAUCGAUUCUCUGAGCGAUAAUCCCAAACAGCGGUUUAAGCAAUAUCAGAUGGAGAAGAUGCGUGAACGAUUCAAAAAGGAGGCUCAACUGACGGUCAUGGUGAAGGACAUUGUCAUUCACUUAAUAUUUAUGUUCUUCUUGGCUAUCGUUUGUUAUGGAAACAAGAAUGUAAAUCGUUUCCUGAUGACAACAGAGAUGAGAAAUCAAUUCACGAAGUUUGAUAAGGUAACCGACUUACACAAGCUAUCUAGAUGGUUGAGGCAGCAGUUCCUUUCUAAAAUUUACAACCAGCCGUGGUACAAUGGGCUUGAAGAGAAAGAAGACGUGUACAUCGCGAACAAGAUUUCCAUAUUGAUCGGCAUGCCGUGGUUACGACAACUGAGAAUAAAAAAGAGCUCUUGCGGAACACUCUCUAAUAUCAUCUCAGACUGUUACUACGACUAUUCUCAAGAGGACGAGGACACUACCAUGCUGAGUCUCCCAGGAUGGAAAACUCUCCCCUACAAUAUAUCAUGGCCAAAAGCUCUGCGAAUGUGUCCAAAGCCUUGGCGUUACCAGCAAGCUAAAGAACUAGACAAUGACCCGGUAAAAGCUUCAUUCAAUACAUAUGGAGGGGGUGGCUAUGCUGCAUUACUGGGAUAUGACGAAAACACAGCCUCUAGCGUCCUAAGGGAGACUAUUGGCCAUGGAUGGCUUGAUCGACAGACUCGAGCGGUGAUUUUAGAGUUCGAAGUGUUCAACGUGAAUACAAACUUAAUCAGCAUUGCUACGUACUUUUUCGAAGUACUAUCAACUGGUGCUUCGUACACAACAAGGAGGAUUCAGACACUCGAGUUGUACAGUACGGAGUCAGGAGCUCUGAUGUUUUAUCUCAUUUGCCAGUUUCUGUUCAUGGCCAUGGUGUUAUAUUUUUUCAUCAUGAUGUUGACUCACCUUUACCGACAUCGCCUUGGAUUUUUCAAGUCUGUUUGGAAUAUGGUGGACCUCUUAAUGAUUAUAUCUUCUAUAGCGUCUGUAGCAUUCUACAUGAUCAGAUCAAAGAAUGUUCUGAAGAGCAUCAAAGACAUCCAAGCUAAUCCUUAUGAAAUUGUCCAUUUUCACUCUGCCCUAUCUUGGGCCAACUGGGAAAAUGCCUCAACUGCUGUCGCGAUUUUUAUGGUAACACUGAAGCUUUUAAAUCUCAUUCGUUUCAACCCUCACGUCAUUUUCUUAUUUUUAUCUCUCCGUCAGUCGGUAGGUUACCAACUGUCCUACGUAGGGUUCUUCCUGAUCGUAUUUAAUGCUUUUGUUAUAUCAGGGAUGCAGCUUUUCGGUGGUAUAGUGCUUGAGUACUCGACCUACAUGCAAGCAGUCAUUUCGCAGUUUGAAUUUCUCCUAGGAAAAGCUGUCCCAGUCCAAGACCUUCGAAACGAGAAGCCAUUCAUUGGCCCAACGUUUGCUUUCUUGUACAUGUUAUCCACCACUGUAUUUCUCAUGAAUAUGUUAGUUUCUGUACUAAAUGAGUCCUAUUCUGACGCAAAGACACAUGCAGAGGAAAGUGCUAAAGAGCUUGAGAUGGCACACUUUAUUGAAGAACGUUUCAUGGACAUGUUCCAAAAAAGUAAAAGGCAAACUGAAUUCAAGUUAUUUUGUGACGACACCACUUUUGUUAACAUGUGCCGUUCGGAUGCAGAACCUUUCUGUUUGAAUUCUGAAAGUAUUAUUCAAUGUACCGAGGAAAGAAUGAAAAAGGUGGAGAAACGACUCAAUGUCCUUACCCGACGAACUGAAAAUUUUGAGAGUGAUCAUCUGAGAGAGGAAGCUGAGUUUCAGGACCUCUUUUACUUGCUUGCUAAUCCUUCUGACCACCGAACAAACCAUUCAUGCACCAAAAAUGACUCUUUAGCUCCUGCCCUUUAGGUACACUGUAUACUCAGACAGUUUUAAUAUACCCUUCUAAGUAGAUACUUCCUCAGAAUGAUUUCAGAAUCUUAUACUGUAGAACAUAGAGAUAUAAGCAUUUUUAUCUGUGAAGAUGCACCGGCUACGACACCUGGUUCAUCACCUGGCGUGGUGAAUGUGGUGAUUAGCAACCUAGCAACAUUUGCUAUUAAACUAAAGCAGCUGGUAGCGGUUUCCAGCUCUUUAAACACUUGUACCUCGGUGGAUGAUACUACAACUCUUAAUUAGUAGAAGCUACAGUUAGGAUAUCAAAGGAACGUGUAAUGCAAUCAUUCGGAGGGUCGAGUCGGUAAUAGGACGAGCGAGGCUGGUAACUCUUUAGUCAGCCUGACAAGUGUUACUGUCAUUUUUAUUUCCAAGUUAUUUUAUCGCUAUGGUAUCCUCUUAUUCUUCUAGUCUGCUCCAUAUCUUAUUGAUCUCAGAAUUACCUCAGCUUUUAAAGUAAUAAACCAUUCAUUUAUGGUUAUAUUUGUGUCGGUGAUGUGCGUGUUUACACAUUUUGCACUAUUACGUUAAGAUGGAUCGGAGCUUAUACGGAACAUGUUUUCGGUAUCCGAAAAUAAAUAUCCCCUGCCCCACAAACAAACUACACCGUCUAAAUACUUCGAAGAGUUGCUAUUUUCGUGUAGCCUGCGAACGCAGACGUAUUACCUUGGCUACACUAUGGAAGCACACUUUUACUCUUGGAAAAUAAAAGUUUGGUUUGAAUUAAGUAUUCCUGCGUGGGGAAAUUAAUGGAUAUUUUUUCAUAAAACACAUGAAGAAUCCUCAGAAACCUGUUAAAUUAUGGCUUUUCUAUCUUCCAUGUGAUUGUGCUACUGAUAGCACUAAAAAAAUGUUUUACAAUGUUUUAAGUUUGAAAGACAUGCUUCGAAGAAAAAAGUCUUUCGUUGUCAGUUACACUUUGUAUUAAAUUAGAAUAAUUAGCAGAUAAAAAACCGUCGGCUGUGCUCUGUUCUGUUUUAAGCCUCGCAGGAAGCGCCUAGAGCAUGAAAGAAGUGUAGGGGAAAACACGAGACGUAGUCG